GCCUGCAGGGCUGCUCCGCGGCGGCGGCCUCCCUGCUGCACAGCGCGCCGCCCGGCAAGCCGCCCAAGGAAGGUGCAAUGGAUGAGCUUCAUAGCCUGGACCCAAGAAGGCAAGAAUUGUUAGAGGCCAGAUUUACAGGAGUAGUGAGUGGCAGCACUGGGAGUACUGGAAGUUGCAGUGUUGGAGCUAAAGCCUCAACAAAUAAUGAAAGUUCUAAUCACAGUUUUGGAAGCUUGGGAUCUCUAAGUGAUAAAGAAUCAGAGACUCCGGAGAAAAAACAAUCAGAACCUUCCAGGGGAAGAAAAAGAAAAGCAGAGAACCAGAGUGAAAGCAGCCAAGGUAUGCUAAAAAAAAUAUCUUUGAAUUAUAGCAAAUCAGUUGAGUAUUACAUGUAUUUAGUCAAAUUAUAUUUGCUUGAACACAUGAAAUUGAGAGCUUGUCGGCACAGCCCUGAAGUGCAAACUAUGAGGGCAUGAAUUGCAAUGCAUACUAAAAUUUUGUACUGUAUCUGCUCUGUGUAGAUCCCACUAGUGCAAACUAGAAGGUUUCUAGUUCAUGUUUCAAACAGGACUACAUUAACACAAGCCAGGUAUCAUUUAGUUCAUACUAACAAGGUCUACACAGGUCCAUUACAGUGCACUUCAGCCCUUGCUACAGUUCACGCAUUGUAAUCUGCACUGUGGUGCCAUUUAGACAAGCUUAGACAGCCUUACAGUGCUCUAUGCCUGAGGCAAGUGAUGGUUUUUAACUGGCGAAUAAAAUGUAUCUUUUUCCCAAUUAUCAGUCUUGAGUAGGGACAGGCAAGUAGAUUCUAUAUCUGAGCUUUUAAAUGUAUAAAAUAAUUUUGCAUAGCUACAUUUAGCUGUUGCCAUUGUGACAUUUAUUCAGAACCGCAGCAAUUUUUCUCAUUAGUGUACCUCCACAGUUACUUUUCUUAUUCCAGUUGAAAUUUGUGGUUUUAAGGUUUUCAGUUUCUUGCUCCAUUAUUAUCCUGAGUGGCAUUUUUCCAUCCAACAGAUCUUCAUAGGGGAGGAUUAGAAUAGUUGGGGGAUAAGUCGCGUGAAAUAGAUGACUUGGCUCUGAUGCAGCUUGACUUUGACUUGAAUCCAGCCAUAAUUGUUACUUUUCAGAAGCUGUUUCACCUUAGUGAAAUGUAUGGUAGUCUCAGUGCAUUCCCAGUGGAUAAGUAUACUGUAUUCUUGUUCAAAACACAAUCAUGAUAGUUAUUAAUUGUUACUCAUUUAGGCAACUCGGGGAUUCAUUGAAAUAUCAUGUCUUUCUUUAAGCCUUUGAGGUAACUUUUUUAGGACAGGGAUGGUGGAAACUCAGAAGUCUCUAGUAACUAUCUGACAUAAAGGAAAAAGUACUUGAGAGCAGGGCCUAUUUUAUUAUUUUGGUGGUCCAUUUGAACUACCGUAUUUUAGCGAAUAUACCCACACCCAAAUAUAAACGGCAC